AUCACACACAAUGGCAAACUAGCACUCUCUAUCUAUACAUAUCUGAUAACACGAUUGUGGAGAAUGCAUAAAAGUACGGUUCAAGAAGCAGGCAAAAACACAAUUGGUCGUCAUGAGUAUCUUUCAUAGAUUGUUUGUCGCGUAUCUGGUUGCGACGCCAUAUAUUCUGUUCACAAACGGGGAUGCGAUACCGGUCGAAAGCGAUGCCAAUACAAACCGUCGACAAAGUUUAGAUGAGAUAAGCAAAGAGGUGAAUGAAAUGAAAGCAGAACUAACGAAGUCCACCAAUGAACAGCAACCGGAUACCGUGAGUGACGGUGGCAAUAGUCAACGUGCCGCAAUCGGUGAAAUUGAAAAUAUCAAAAAAAUUGUCGAAAUUUUGGAAAAAAUUGUCGGCGACGUUGUACCAACUAUUGUUGACCGGCAAAAUGCACAGGAACAAGCUCAGAGAAAUCGCGGCGCAUCCGAUUCAUCAUCAGAUCCCAUUAAAAUUUUACCAAAGGGCUUGAAAUUGCUACAACAUCAUGCGCUCGCGGCCAAUGUUGACGAAAACAACGCAGCAACAAACCAUAAACCUAAUCUACAAUCGGAUGACAAUUGAUAUCACACUCGACGGCGAUACAAACAAACAAAAAAAAAAAAAGAAUGUGUGCACCAUUUACAAACUGAUUUACCCUCGCACAUGCACACACAUACACACUUGCAUGCACGCCUCAAUGAGCAUCAAUAAAUCAAAACAAAUUUCAUGUAAUAAUGCAUUUGAACUAAAAGUGUCUCGUUCCUCUCCAUUUUUAACACUUCCCCUAUUUUAUUCUUUCUUUAUUUGCUUUUUUGCAAAUCAUUUCAAAUGCCAGCAACUUGCCGGCAACGACAUCUAACAUUUCAAUUGACAGACGUUUUGGCGAUUGAAUCGAUCACAUGAAUUAUGUUGGAGCUUUUCAAAAAAUUAACUAUGACCUCUGUUGAGCAUUUUGUUAUUUAUAUCACUGUUUCAUAUCACUGUCAAUAAAAUGUAAAUAAUUUACUAAAAAAAUGCAUCCGAUUUUGAAAUUAUAAGAAAAAAAUAAAAAAAAUUCAAUACUACCUUUGCUUUACGUUAUUCGAUAAACAAUUUUUGACAAGUGUACAUAACCUUACAUCUCAAGAAUAUGUGUAUUAGUGCGCCUUAAACACAAUUGUCAGACGAACAUUCAAAGUGCCAUCAAUAUUGUCUGUAUCGUUUGUUUAUUCGUUUGUUAUCGUCAAAUUCAAUUUGAUUUUUCACGCACCAAUUUUAUUUUAUGAAAUUAUCGAAAACGAUCCAACGAAUAGUAGUUAUUUGCAUAGCAAAAUUUCACCAUCUCGAAAGAGAGUCGCAAAAAAUAAUGGUAUCCAUUAAAUAAUACGCAAAAUAAAAGCACACAUUGGUUAAUUGAAAAUAUAUCUCCAACCGUUCAAUAUUUGUGUACACUCAAAACCAUCGAGAAGAGUAUAGAAAACAACAACAACAAAAACAAAAUACCCGGCAAAUAAGGUAUCCAACGUAUUUCAGUCAUUUUAAUAUCAGGGUUCAAAACAAAUUUAAAUCAAUUACGGUUUCAACAUGUCAUUUAACUCAUUGUAUCAAAUUGGUGGUGAGAUCACACGAGAAUAUUCAACUAGAUCAACCGAACAAAUUGAGAAUUUUAUCGAAGAUGUUUUGCGCAAAGAAUUAGGAGAAUAUGAAGCAUACAUAAAUAAAAUGAACGGUGAAAUUAUGGAGUACGUUCAAUUGAAAAAUCUUUGCGAAAGUAUUUUACUGCAUUUAUCCGAUGGAAUUAAAACAAAAAUGAAUAUUGGUGGUAAUUUUUUCAUGUCGGCCAAAGUAUCGGACACCAGUAAAAUUUUAGUUAAUGUCGGUCUCAACUAUCAUGUUGAAUUUACAAUUGAUGAAGCUGUGAAAUUUUGUGAUUUCAAAGUGAAAUCGCUGGAAAAUGAAGCGAAUGUUAUACGAGAAAAAGCCAUCGAAACAAAGGCACACAUUAAAUUGGCUCUAUUGACCAUCGGCGAAAAAGAAAAACUACUGAAGGCUGAAACGUGAACAAUUUACCAGAACAAAACCAGCCGAUUUACCAUUCUAUGCCAAUUGAUACGCUUGAGAUAAAAGAUUAUAAGAAACAUACACACAAUUGAAAAAAAAAACCAAACAUUUAAUGUAAACGGUUAAAAAAAAUUUAAGAAUUAAGAGAAAAUGUCAAAUAAACAUAUUUUUACAUGAAUGGCUCUGUGGCAAUUGACAGUUUUGUCUUUUUUUGUCACUUUACACCUUUUUUAAUGGAGGUUUCGUGCAUAUAAUAGAUUUAAAUAAAAUCAGAAUUACAAAUCAGAAGGA